AUGUUAGACAAAUCCAACAGUCCACGGGCACGCGACGAUGACAGAAGCCAGAAAAACGAAUCAAUUCAAGGAUCGUCGUCGCAAGGAUCUAGCUCCGAGUCGAAAAAACAAGAAGAUUCACAAAGAGCCAAAACCACCCUGUCAAUAUGUCAAGAACCAACUAUACCAGUUGAUCUGGAGGAACUAAAGCGGAUACAGGUAAAUAUAUUACUUUUGUCGUACCUAUUAGAUAAACAGUUUUUUGUGAAUUUUUUUUUUCAUAGGUAAUUAAUUACUGUAAAGUGCUUUUGUUGCUUCCAUAGAAGGUUGCAUGAAUACCAAUUUUAAGAUUUCGCGUUAAUUUAAAAGAUUUCACAAAGUUUUAAACCUGACGGAAACUUGAAUUUUUAUUACAUUUUACGAUUCCAGUUUAUUUUUAUUAAAAAACUAUUUUUUAGCUUUAAUUUUAAAACUUUCAAAGCAAAUUUAACGUCUCAAAUAAGUUUCAGAUUGGAGAUAGGCUAAUUGAUGUCGAUGGAACUCCAAUAAAUAACAGAGAAACAGCCAAAAAACUCAUGCUGAAAAGCUUGGCGUCCACAAGAAAAGUGAGCUUCAUUAUUGAAAGACCACAAUCAUCGGAAGCCAAACUGUAUGUAAAGACGGCUUUGUUAUCAGCUUCCACCAGAACUUCAUCGACGGCACCACGCGAGAAGGCUAAAUGGGCCGCUAGAGCUGCACAACAACGUAAAAACGCCGCUAAUCACAAAAGCGGAUAA